AUGGCGGAAGACUUUCGAGAUACCAGCCAACCGGCUCCGGACGGUUCCUCACAACCUCCGUCAGAAACGGGACCGAAAAGGCCCAAGCACGAAUUUCCCAAGUCACAGGUCGGAAAGCUAUGGGACGCCUUUGGGAAUCCCGAAGAACCGGUCAAUCUGAUGCCCGGAGGGACAUACAAUUCCGCAGGAGGAAAACCAAAAGAAGUGACUGUCAUGGAUGCAGUUAAAUCUUUAUCUACAAACGACUUCACAUCCUUCUACAAAGCACCCUGCGCGCGCGAUUCCCUUCUCGUCGGCAUCGGUACGGGAUUCGGAAUUGGUAGUCUAAGAGUUGUACUCGGAGGCCUUAGGUCGUUAUGGGCUGCGAGCAACUGGGCUGUCGGUUCCUUCGCGGUGGCCUCGAUCUUGACACACCAAUACUGCCAGCGGAAACGGGUCAAAGAAAUGGACGGAAUGAAGGAAGCUGUACAAUUAAUGAGGGAACUAAAAAUAAAAAAGCAGAAAGAACAAGCGGAGGCUCAGAGGAAACAGGAGGAGGAAGCUCGUUUGGCCGAAGAGGAACGGAAACGAAAAAGUUGGACCAACCUUUCCAGUUAUAAGUUUUGGUAG